AUGUUUUAUCGUCAGGGCGGCGGGCGUCGUCGUGAGUCAGGCCGUGGUCAGUCAGGCCGUGGUUCAGGACAUGGAUCAAGUUCAAACGACUAUUCCGGGGGCUACAGCAGAGACACAGAUCGUCGUCGUCAAGACUAUUCUGGCACUGCUUACGAGAACUAUUAUGGUUCCGGCUCUAGUGGCUCGCGAAACCAGGGCAACAACUACUAUGGAUCCAGCUCCCGCGAUCAAGGACGUAGCGGUUCUUCUGGCGAUAGCCGUCUCCGACAAGCUGCUACCCGCAAUGCCUACUAUGACCCGGAUCGUGGAUACUAUGACGGAAGGGCCUUUAACGACUACACAGGUGGUCUUCCUGGAUCUGGCCGACAUUCGGGGGCACGCGACGAGCGCCAAAGAUUGCUGAACCACGACUACCAGGACAUGUAUAACAGGUCUUACCUUUACCCGAACGCCAGACAGCGUGGGCCUGAUCCUUUUGCCAGCGGCAUGUCAGAGCGUGAUCUUCAGCUCCAGCGGCAAGCCCGCCAGCAGGCAGCCGACCGGCAGGCCGCUUAUGAUGGACCUCCCCCUGGCAUUUCUUGGGACAACUGGUACGGAUCGCGCGGCAACAUCCGGAAUUCGGGCAGACGGGAUGCCACUUUCCGCCGUGUGGAGCGUUGA